AUGCCUCUGGAACGAAAAAGACCAGCUGAGGAAACAUUAGUGCAGCCAUUCGCCUCACGCAUCGUCCUGGAACAGCAGAAGCGUGGACUUAAUGACCUUCCAAAUGAGCUCUUGGACGAGGUCCUCAGUUACUGUCAUUUCAAAACAAGACAUUCCUUACUCAAAGUAUCCAAGAGGUUCCAACGAGUAGCUGAGCCUUGGGCAUACAGAGAAUAUAACUACUACCACCAUAAUUGGAGUAAGUUGGUUUGGACACUACUACGCCGUCCUGAUCUUGCGCCUCAUAUACGAGAUGUGAGCCUCAGCGGGGAUGCUUCCAUAUGGUUGGUAAACGAAGAAUACGAUAACGGGUACUACUUUGACCCCUCGCCGCAUGCAAAAAACUUGGAUGAUUUCCUUCGAGUUGCGUCGAGAAUGGAAAUUAAACACAAAGAUGAGUUCUUGCAGUAUUUUGAGAACGGGAGGCCGUCCGCCGAAAUUCUUGUUCUACUUUACCUUUUGCCUAGUGUGAAAACGCUAGACGUAUCACCUCCCUGGCUUAACUGCAGUUUUCGGGAUUUAACAGACCCCUCCUUGGCAUUUUGCAGAGAUUUGUUUCUUGACCUGCGUCAUGUGAAACUACAGGAUGAUAUGGUAUAUCACACCAUCGACGCUGAUUUCCUUCGCCGGUUUCUCGUCCUACCUUCUGUUCGCCGAAUCGAAUGCUUUCGAAUGACUAGUUUCGAUCAUAGUGUAGAAGAAACUCCAUGGCCAGCGGCGUCAUCUAAUGUUGACGACCUGGCACUAAUCGAUUCUGUCAUUGACACCGUCGGUAUCAAAAGCAUUUGCAAUACUUGCAAAGCACUCAAGUCACUCACUCUUGAGUGGGGAGACGCGACCGUUGGCGAAAUGGGACCGGAUAUAGCUGUGUUUCUACCGGCACUCGCUUUCCACCGCGACACCCUGGAACACUUAGUCAUCAACAUUAGUGAAUCCGUUUUCUUCCAAAGACACUACGGACCUUCCUGGAUUGACGACGGAAUCAUUUUCCCAUCGAUUGGUUCUCUAAAAACGCUUCACCGCCUCAAAACACUGAGCAUCUCUGGACUUCUUCUCACCGGACUGGAACAAGAAUGGGAAUCGAACCAUGUCUCUAUUGUUGACAUAUUUCCUGCUUCCCUUGAGUUCCUGAAAAUCAACGAGGGAAACAAUGCUGGCCCACUUAAGUUGUGGCUGACUGAGUUUGCAUGGACCUUCGACAGAGAAGUCCUACCAAACCUUAUGCAAAUCGAAAUUGAUUACAGCGUGUUCGGAUACGUUUGGGAUGGCGAACCUUCUGAAGAUAAGAAUGAAAGGAUAUGCCCUCAAUUCCUAGAUGGGCUCGGCCCGGGUUUUGCAGCGAAUAAUGUCUGUCUGGUGUUCGCAGAACUUUGA